UGCCUUAUCUAACUUAGCUCAGAACCAGAAAUUUCUCACAUCACAAUCCACAUACGAAAGAUUUGAACUUUGAGCCAUGGCGUCUUUGGCUCAGCAAUUCACUGGCCUCAGAUGCGCACCGCUCUCUUCUUCUCGCCUCUCGAAGCCUUUCUCAUAUCCUAAGCAACAACAGACUCAUAACAGACCCGCAACGCUGCUCCCCAUUGUCUCAGCCGUAGCCAUUUCCAAUGCUCAGACCAGAGAGCGUCUCAAGCUUAAGGAACUCUUCGAGGAAGCUUACGAGCGUUGCCGUACAACUCCCAUGGAAGGAGUCACUUUUAACAUCGAUGAUUUUCACUCUGCUAUCGAAAAGUACGACUUCAAUUCUGAAAUUGGGACCAAGGUGAGGGGAACUGUUUUCUGCACUGACAAUGGUGGAGCAUUAGUUGAUAUUACUGCAAAGUCUUCAGCUUACUUGCCUCUUCAAGAAGCUUCCAUCCACAGGCUAAAGCAUGUAGAAGAAGCAGGGAUAGUUCCUGGUUUGAAAAUGGAUUUUGUAAUCAUUGGUGAAAAUGAAGUAGAUGAUAGCUUGAUCUUGAGCUUGAAGACUAUGCAGUAUGAUCUCGCAUGGGAGCGGUGUAGACAGCUCCAAGCAGAGGAUGUUGUUGUUAAGGGUAAGGUUGUUGGAGCAAACAAAGGUGGAGUGGUGGCUGUGGUCGAAGGCUUGAGGGGUUUUGUUCCUUUCUCACAGAUAUCAUCGAAAACAACUGCAGAGGACCUUCUUGAUAAAGAACUUCCUCUUAAGUUUGUGGAGGUCGAUGAGGAACAAGCCAGGCUUGUUCUCAGUAACCGCAAGGCCAUGCAAGACAGCCAGGCACAAUUAGGAAUUGGAUCAGUGGUCCUAGGUACUGUCCAGAGUCUGAAGCCGUAUGGUGCCUUCGUUGACAUCGGAGGAAUCAAUGGCCUUCUUCAUGUUAGUCAGAUCAGUCAUGAUCGUGUCGCUGAUAUUGCAACUGUUCUUCAACCUGGUGAUACGCUAAAGGUUAUGAUACUGAGCCAUGACCGAGAGAGAAGCAGAGUUAGUCUUUCUACCAAGAAAUUGGAACCCACUCCUGGAGAUAUGAUCCGCAAUCCAAAGCUUGUUUUCGAGAAGGCUGAGGAGAUGGCUCAGACAUUCAGGCAAAGAAUAGCUCAAGCAGAAGCCAUGGCUCGUGCAGAUAUGCUUCGGUUCCAGCCUGAGAGUGGAUUAUCCAUCAGCUCAGACGGUAUCUUGGGCCCUCUUACGUCUGACUUGCCGGCCGAGGGUUUAGAUCUUAGUGACGUUCCCAAAGCUGAAGAUGGAGAUUCAGAAUAAGCACAUUUUUCAUCUUUGACUUCCCCUUCCCCGUUAAUUAUUAUGCUUGUGAAAAUUGUUGUGAAACUCAUACUUAGGCUUCCAAGCUGAUCAGAAAAUCAUUUUGUUCAUUAUAUAAACUGCUAGUAUUUUACUUGUUCAA